AUGCACGCGCAGGGCAUCGUGCACGGCGACAUCAAGCCGGACAACGUCCUCCUGCGACACCCCCUCGACGACGUCCUGUCGGGGGCCGCGGGCACGCACGUCAGUCUCGCCGACUACGGGCACGCGUUCUCCGCGACCGCGGUCGACACCGCGCGCGCGCGAUGGCAGGUGCAGACGCUCGGCUACCGCGCGCCGGAGGUCCUCCUGGGCGCCCAGUACGGCACCGCGAUCGACCUGUGGUCGCUCGGGUGCGUGGUCUCCGAGAUGGCCCUGCGGCGGCCGUGCUUCCCGGGACACGACCCCUCGGGCGUCCUCGCGGCGAUCGCGCGCACCGUCGGACCGCUCCCGGAGACGCUCGUGAGGUGCGCGGAGUGCCCGCACGCGCCGUGCGACGGGCUUGCCCAGGGCGGCCGUGAUCGGUGCAGCGGACGCCCGCGCAGCCGGCGCGCCAGUCGCCGCGGCCCUGCAUGGACCACGGACCUCGCAAUCGCUUCGCCGCUGAGUCAAGUCAAGUCAGUCACCACUGAGUCAGUCUGUCUGCACCAACCCCGCACGCCCGCCGUUCCCGCUGCGACGCAGGGGCAGGGCCGGCCUGGGCGGCCUCGCAGCGGCCCCGCGGUCCGCGCACGCGCCGCUCCAGCUGCACAAGGACCUCGCGAGCGUCGAUCCCGCACUGGCAGACCUGGCGCUGGCGCUGCUGCACCCGGAGCCCGCCCAGCGGCCCUCCGCGCUCCAGGCCCUGCAGCACGCGUUCCUGGCGCCGCUGCUGCCGGCGUCCGCGCUGUUCGCGGCCGCGCAGGACGCGCCCGUUGCUGUGGCGAAGCCGCAAGCGGGACGGCCGCAGGGGGCGGCUGA